UUUACUUGGUGGGGGGAAAAAACAAGUUGCUCCAGCCUCAAGACGUACAUUACAGUUUAAGAAUGAACUGUUAAAAUGCAAUGCAGAUCAUCCAUUUUCCAUCUUCACACCCAUGCAGAGGAUAUAGCUUCCAUAACUAUCUUUAGAGUGACUGAAUGUCUCAAAUAGGAAUACAUUUCCUCCUGCCUCUGUCAGAAGGGGAACUGGCUGUCUUUCCUCCCUCCCUCUCCAUGGUGACUGAUGAUGGUUCAUCAUUUCCUGGGGGAUUCAUGCAUCUUUAAGAGUCUCAGACACUCAAUUUUUUAUUUUAAGAUUUGGCAUAAAGUUAUUGCCUUCCAUUGGAUUUCUGUAUCUUCAAAGGAUGCCUGUUACCCUUCCUGUCUUACUUCUUACUAUAAUCCUUCCAAAGCCAUCCAUCUUCUGGCAUCAGACUGUGGAUGCUGAAGGGAAGCACCAUCACUUUCUAUGUGUCACUCAGGAGGAAUAUGCAGGCAGCUGGUUCUACCUGUACAAAGGAAGUGACCUAGAGCCCAUUGCUGAAAAGAAAGCCUUGCCCUCACAAUCCAAAGUAAUGUUUGCAGUCCAUGCAUUUGCUCCAGGUGAGCAAUUUUGCUGCAGCUAUGAGAUCCAGGAGGCAGGCAAAGCCAUUUACUCUCCACUCAGCAGCCCAGCAAACAUUACAGAGGAUCAUUAUCCCAAGCCAUUUAUUGCUGUAAGUCCUGGAAAUGAGUUAUUUGUAGGGCAGGACUGGAUUAUCCGUUGUUGGGCUCCAUCUCCAGGGGUAAACUUUGUCCUCUACCAGUCCAGGGAGUUUCGGAUGGAGAUCACUCCCCGGGGAGACUCCAGCGUCGCUGAAUUCUUCUUAAAUAAUGUCACUAUGGCUGAUGCAGGCCGAUACACCUGCUAUUACCACAGCACGACGGAGCCGGUCAUCUGGUCAAAUGCCAGUGAUGCAGCACAGCUGACAGUCAUUGAGGCAUCCAAAGUCCCCAGCUACCAGGAAGUGUUGGUGGAUUCUGCAGGAAGAUAUCGAGUGAACUGCUCAGUGCCCUCCAGUCCUGGAGGCUGGUUCUAUCUUUACCAGGGCAAACAGCUCAUUGCUGAAACCAAGGUUUGGCAAGAUAGGACAGAGGCAAGCUUCAAUCUCACAGAAGAGGCACUCAAUACCACCCAGGGAGAGCUAAUGUGCCAAUAUGGAGCAUAUCCACUCAACCAUACUGAAGUGUGGACAGAAGCUUCACAUACUGAAAGCACUGAUUUCACCACAGCUAAUUCACUGCAGCUUGGGCUUGGAGUCAGCGUCCUUUUAUUGGCAUUGUUCUUCAUAGUCGAUGCAUGUUGGACUGAGGUGCAAGAGGAGAACUGAACCAUAGGAUGGAGAUCCUUGAGGAGCAAGAUCCCACAGAGCCAACAGAGACUAUGGCCUAAUGGGCCUUCCAGUUCUGGAAGCUGUCUUAGAGGAGAAGAGACAUACAGGUGGAUUGGAAGCUAGCUCUGUCAGUUGCUUGACUGCAGCAUUUGGCCCAUUUACUCCAAAGUAGUGAUCUCAAAUAAACAGAAAUAGCAGCAUUGUCCUACAGCCACUCACAGAUACACAUGCUUUCUAUUAUCACCAUAUGUGUAAUUGCCUUAUUUUAUACAGGCUGAGAUUAUCAGAUCAUCUGUCUUGAAAAAGAGCCGUGGUAAAGCAUUUGCUUUAUCUGCUAAAGGUGCCAGGUUGAAUCUUAAACAUCUUUCAAGAUUCUUGAACAUCUUUCUGUUGGGCUCAGAAAGUUGCCUAUCUGAAAUGCUUCUGCCAUUCAACUGUACGAAGCAACUGUACUAAGCUACUGAUUGAAAGCAAAGUAUACUGCUUAUUCGUCACUCUGCACUGCAAUGUCUGGUUCAGGUACAUGGCACACUCCUCCAUCCAUUGUCCUGACAUGAGUUCUUCAAUAUUCUGCAUUUUUCUUCCAAUCAUCAAUUAUUCUAUGCUAUAAUUGUAGUUUCUGUGCAUUAGCAAUGUUUAUUCCAUUAGCAAUAUAUACUGGUGGCAAUAAAUUCAAAGCUAGAGAAGUUGUUUUGCAGGUUUCCCACUCAUCUCUUAAUUCAGGUAGGACAUUUGCUUGCCCCCCUCCAUUUCCACUCAUUUGAAGACCACGGGUCCACCAUGAUGGUGUCCCCCCCUUAUUAUAAACAUACAUUCCUAUACAGGAGUGUGUGCAUUUCUCAGAUUUGAACUUGAAUUGGCACCUGGAGCUCUCACACAUUCACUAUUGCUUGUGGGAUGUGACUGGAUCAAUGACCAUUUGGCACUACUCUGGCCCCUUCCACACUGCCCUAUAUCCCAGGAUUUGAUCCCAGAUUAUCUGGUAGUUCAGACUCAUAAUUCAGUUCAAAGCAGAUAAUAUGGGAUCAUAUCCUGGGAUAUAGGACCGUGUAGAUCAGCCUCUGAAACUAUCACCAACUGUUUAGGCCCUGCUAAACUUUACUACUUUCCAAACUUUGUAAUAAAGUAAACCAGAUUACUUUGCUCCUUCUCCCUCACUGUCCCAUUUUUUUGUAUUGCGUCUAUGGGCACCUUCUGUCUCAUUGCUGAUAUUUGUGAGCUAGUAUUUUGGGUGAAGAACAAAAUAAAAAUGUUGUGUACAGAUAAUAAAUGCAAUUAUGCUAUAAAUACAAAUGGUAAUCUACG